GCUAAUCUUGACGACAAUGAGCUGAGAUAAAACGCGAAUACUUGUCUCGGAGUGGGGAACGUGAAACAGAAGAAUAUAUAAGGCGAUUUCUUUCGCGCAACGUAGAACAUUUUACUGUCAGAUUUGUUAGUGCAACUGAUGUAUGGUGUAUCGUUGAAAAUACUUCCACGGGAAUUAAAGCUGCAGAUUCAGCUUGUCAAAACGACGUGCAAGGCUACGUUUGCCCGUUCGUCUGUCCGUCUAUCCGACGUCCGUUCAUUCGUCCGUCUCCACUUUUUCGUUUUUUGAGGAUUUCGCUGAGUUGCGCACGAGCGACACGACAUGGCGUGGUUUAACGCGAGCGGGAUAAAGAUAUACGAAGACUCAAUGGACGAUAUGGACAUAAUACAAAACAUAACCAGCACGGAGCAUCGAGAGAAGGCUUUUUACAUCGCGGACAUCGGUAAAGUGAUCGCGAAACACGACGAAUGGAUCGCAAAGAUGCCCAGAGUCGUCCCACACUUCGCGAUUAAAUGCAAUCCGGAUCCGACGGUGAUUAAAGUCCUGGCGGCUCUGGAUGCUUGCUUCGACUGCGCGUCCGAGCAAGAGAUAAAACAGGUGAUGCAACAUGGGGUGCACGGCGAUCGCAUUAUUUUCGCACACCCGGCGAAAUAUCCAUCUCACAUAAUCUAUGCGAAGAAAGUGGACGUCAAGCAGAUGACGGUGGACAGCGAAUACGAACUGUUCAAGAUCAAGGAUUUCUUUCCCGAAGCUAAGAUUGUCAUACGUAUACGCUGCGACUCGAAAAACACGCCGGUGGUGUUGGGCAUGAAAUUCGGAUCCGACCCGAACGAGGAGACUGUACGUUUGAUACAGCUUACGAAGGACCUUGGCUUGAAUUUGCACGGCUUCAGCUUUCACGUCGGCAGUCCGUGCGUUGAGCCGGAGGCUUAUGGCCGAGGGAUCGCGAUGUGCAAACAGUUAAUUACUGUCUCCAAAAGCAUCGGCUGCGAGGGCGUGCAGCUGAUCGACAUCGGUGGCGGCUUCCCGGGCGAGUGCGGAACGAACAUCGACGAGUUCGCGAGUAUUAUCAACGAGGCGAUACGGGAUGUCGACCCGGCCAUAAAAGUGAUCAGUGAGCCGGGAAGUUACUACGUAGCUUCGAGCUUCACUCUGGCCUCGUAUCUGCACUCGAAGCGAGUGAUCCUGAAGGGCAGUAAAAUGAUAAGAAUGUACUACAUGAACUGCGGGGUGUUCAAUAGCUUCAUAGACGAGCUGUUGGGCUUAAGAGCGAGAGUCCCACAAUUGCUAUCCGAGCCAAUGAGCAACGAGAAGUUCUGCUCGAGCUUGUGGGGUCCGACUGCCGAUUCGUACGAUUUAAUCGUCAAGGACGUGUUGCUGCCUGAACUUCAUAUCGGCGAUUGGUUGGUUUGGAAGGACAUGGGUGCAUAUUCUAUAGCUCUCGCCUCCACAUUCAAUGGCUUUCCGAUUCCGGUUGUGGUUCCGAUCAUCAGGAAGAGUCAAUGGGAGAAUUUUGAGAAGAGACCCUCACGCGGAUUAAUCGAACGUGAAGGUCUCUUCUGUUCGACGCAGAUUUGAUGAGCUGCACGACUUAAUUGGAAGGCGGAAUGACAAUUUUCAACGAAAUUGGUAUGCAAGUUUUCUCAAAGAAAAAAAAAAGCGAAACCGAAGUAGAAUCUGCUACAUAUUUGCGUAAAUUCGAUUUCCUGAUAUUGGUAUGAGUAAAUCGGAAUCUACAAAUGCGCAUUCGCUGUCUGCGCGAUACAUCUGUAAACACAAAUGCAUGUUAAUACACUGCUCAAAAGAAUUACGGCAUAGAUAAUAUAUUGCCGAAGAUUGGCCAAAUUUGACUGGCGAUUACUUCGCGAAA